GGGAGGGGGACGGAAGUGCGCUGUGGACUCGCCGCGGUGAUGUAGCAGCGUGGGAGGGGCCGAGGCCAGCGCCAUCCGUCCACCGGCUGCCCCGAUCCUGUGGUGAGUCCGCAGGCCGAUCCGCAGAGCGGGCGCCCGCGGGCUCGGCAGGAGUAGCCGCACUCUCAGCGGCGCCGCCAUGGACGCGGAGGCCGCGCGCAGCUACUCUCUGGAGCAAGUUCAAGCUCUGUAUUCAUUUCCAUUCCAACAAAUGAUGGCGGAGGCUCCGAACAUGGCAGACGUGGCCGGACAGCAGGUGCCUGCAGAAGCUCCUGCCCAGGAUCCUGUGCCAGAGGCUCCAAAGAGAAGGAAAAGGAAAACCAAGGCAGCAGAGGCCCAGGACCCAGUGGAGCCCAAAAAGCCUGCUGCCUCAAAGAAAUCUGGCAAGUCCACAAAAUCAAAAGAAAAGCAAGAGAAAAUCACAGACACCUUUAAAGUGAAAAGGAAAGUGGACCGGUUCAACGGCGUCUCUGAAGCUGAGCUUCUGACCAAGACUCUCCCUGACAUUUUGACCUUCAAUCUGGAUAUUGUGAUUAUUGGCAUCAAUCCAGGAUUAAUGGCUGCUUACAAAGGGCAUCAUUACCCUGGGCCCGGAAAUCACUUCUGGAAGUGUCUGUUCAUGUCUGGGUUGAGCGAGGUGCAGCUGAAUCACAUGGAUGACCACACCUUACCUGGAAAAUACGGCAUUGGUUUCACCAACAUGGUGGAACGGACGACGCCAGGCAGCAAGGAUCUGUCUAGUAAAGAAUUCCGGGAAGGAGGGCGUAUCCUAGUGCAGAAACUACAGAAAUAUCAGCCACGAAUAGCAGUGUUUAAUGGAAAAUGUAUUUAUGAGAUUUUCAGUAAAGAAGUUUUUGGAGUAAAGGUUAAGAACUUGGAAUUUGGGCUUCAACCGCACAAGAUCCCAGACACAGAAACUCUCUGCUACGUCAUGCCGUCCUCCAGUGCCCGGUGCGCUCAGUUCCCUCGGGCGCAGGACAAAGUCCAUUACUACAUUAAGCUGAAGGACUUGCGAGACCAGCUGAAGGGCAUCGAGCGCAGCACGGACGUUCAGGAGGUGCAGUACACGUUCGACCUGCAGCUCGCUCAAGAGGACGCAAAGAGGACGGCUGUUAAGGAAGAAAAGUAUGACCCAGGCUAUGAGGCAGCGUAUGGCGGUGCCUGUGGUGAAAACCCGUGUAAUGGGGAACCUUGUGGCUUUGCUUCAAAUGGGCUAACAGCCAACAGUGCAGAGUUGGGAGGAGAAUCGGCUCCGAGCGACGUUCCAAACGGGCAGUGGAUGGCACAGUCGUUUGCAGAGCAGAUCCCUUCUUUCAAUAGUUGUGGGACAGGAGAGCAGGAAGCAGGAAGCCGUGCUUAGCGAAGAUGCCUCAGCUCGGGCUCAGCGCUGCAGUUUUAGUGCAGUUGUCAGGACACAGAGCCUCAGUUUGCUAACUGAGGGGUUUUAGUAUUAAUAGUACUUUACGCUAGUGGUGUAACUAUAUAUGGUAUGAAUAAUCUGUGUAGUUUGGAAACCAAAAGUAGGGUGUUUUGUACUUGAGUUUUGUAUUUGAAUUGCCCAUCAUUCCAGCUUUUUAUAUACUAUAUUUCAUGUAUGAAGAAACUGGUUUUCUUCGAGGAGUCACUUCAAUCUGUGAUUUUAAAAAAGCAACAGUCUGAAUAUUUAUAGUUGACUCUUCACUGUGCAUACCUAUCUAUGCCCUCAUCCCUUUAGAUGCCUAAGGAAGGCAUGCUAGUAAGAGUCGACUCGGUGAGAAUGCAGCUGUCAGUCUCCAGGUUUGAAGCUGACUAACCCUCCGUGGAAUCAAAGCUGGGGGUGAACUCAGAACCCCCUUGCUCUCCCAGAGGUGUGUGUGGCAGAUGGUUGGUAAGAGACGAACAGUGUGGCCAUACUUGAUGGGGUUUUUGAGCCCUGCCGUUGACCUCUGCCUCUUGUGUGUUUGCCCCCUUAGAGGCAGACACUUCUGCUGAGCUGGUAGGUUCCUGAGAACACAGUGGGACGCGUACAGCCUGCCACGCGUCUGUUUUACUGAAUCCCUGUCAGCGUUCCUCACUGUUCUGAUUUUAACCUUGACAUGGAAAGUGAACUUUCCAGUGAGCAAUGCGAGGCCGCAGGUGCUUAAUAGUCCUGUUCCAACUGGUGCUAUGUACGCGGGAUGUCCUGAUACAGGACGUUUCUUGCUAGAUAAAGCUAAUCAUUGAUGAAUGAUUUAAAAAUUUUUGUCACUGCUAUUGAUUACUGUGGACUAAGUGAGCCUCAUGAAAAAGUUGAUUGGAAUUUGUGCCUUUGUGGUUGCUAAUGCAUUUUCCAUGGGGCUACAGACGGCCCACCAGGGCUGGUGGAUAUUAACAGUGGGUAUUCAGAAAUGCCUGAUGCAUCCACACCUGACCACUCGAGAGUUCUCUGACUUGAUGGUACCCCUGGAGCUCGCUGGUUUUGCAAUAUGAAAUGUCCACGAGGGUUUUGUAUUUCACAGAGGCUAUGUAGCCUGUUCUAUAUAUAAUGAGAGAAGCAGUUUCUUGGUAGAAAUUUUUAACAUGCCUUUAGCUGUGGCAAUGAUGGACUUUCCUUUUCCUUCUGUCUGGGUCAGGCUGUGUACAAGUCAUGUGAUUUGAAAGGGGCACUGCUCUGCUGUUUACAUGGGCAUUUCAUGCGGGUGCUUUGAAGUGCCUUGCAUCAGGGAUUAGAAUCAAUUGAAUUAUUUUUUUUCAUGGGACUCUGUAAAGCAUGUAGUAUUGCCUUGGUAUGUAACUAUUGUAGCUUUACCGUGGAGAAAUACCUUUAAAUUAUGACUGGAGAGCGGGUGCGUGGACCCUCUGAGUACUGUCCUGGUGCUUUUCCUUGAACAUGGUGAGUAGUGAGUGCUGUGCACCCUGUACUGACAGGGUGGGAUUUGUUUUCAUUAAAUAAUACUGAGAUUUUAAACA